AUGAUAUUCGAAGUUCCUAUUGACCACUUCCCGGCUUCCUCCCAACAAGUCUCGAAGACCCGUGAGCAUAAGCCACUCCGACUUUCUACCGUAUCACUUCACUCCAAAGAAGUCAAUGCAGCAGUUGCUCCGUUGAGCCCAUCAGUCCGCCGAUCCCAAUUCAACUUCUCCGCUGAGGUACAGAAGUCGGCUCUCCCAAAGGUUCGCGCCUCGAUCCCACCACUCAAACGUGCCCUGACAAGCCCGGCUCUCCCAGUGCAACAUCUCAACUUGAACUUGGCACGCAAGGCUUCGAACCCAUCAUCACAGACGAGUCGCAACAAUUCUGUUAGUGAUCUACUGAGGAGCGAUCUGUUCAAAUUGCCGUCUCGACUACUGUCAACUGCGGUCUCCUUGCAUCAGCUCGCCUGA